GCUUCUUUAUGAAGUCCCGUUGGCUUGCCGUCCAAGAACCUAAUAUGGGUGAAGGUUGGGGGAAAAAUCCAAUUGAACACAUUGGUAUCUUCAAUUAUGUACAUGGGGAGGGAAUUAAGGCGAUGGUAUAUAAAUUUCCGGAGGACUGGAGUCACUCUGUAGCUGGAACCAGCAGUGGUUGCAUUCUGCACUGAGCUUCAUCUAAGAAAGGCACCACCAAAGACUUAAAACCCACAAAGAUGUGUGACGACGAGGAGACUACUGCCUUGGUGUGCGAUAAUGGAUCAGGCCUGGUCAAGGCUGGUUUCGCCGGUGAUGAUGCCCCAAGGGCCGUCUUCCCUUCCAUUGUUGGCCGCCCUCGUCAUCAGGGUGUCAUGGUGGGUAUGGGUCAGAAGGACUCCUAUGUAGGAGAUGAAGCUCAGAGCAAGAGGGGUAUCCUCACUCUGAAGUACCCCAUUGAGCAUGGCAUCAUUACCAACUGGGACGAUAUGGAGAAGAUUUGGCACCACACUUUCUACAAUGAGCUCCGGGUUGCGCCUGAGGAGCACCCCACCCUGCUCACUGAGGCCCCUCUGAAUCCCAAGGCUAACCGUGAGAAGAUGACCCAGAUCAUGUUUGAGACCUUCAAUGUUCCCGCCAUGUAUGUAGCCAUCCAAGCAGUGCUGUCCCUUUAUGCUUCUGGCCGUACCACUGGUAUUGUGCUGGACUCUGGUGAUGGUGUGACCCACAAUGUCCCCAUCUAUGAGGGUUAUGCUCUGCCCCAUGCCAUCAUGCGUCUGGAUUUGGCUGGUCGUGAUCUGACUGACUACCUCAUGAAGAUCCUGACUGAGCGUGGCUAUUCUUUCGUCACAACCGCUGAACGUGAGAUUGUGCGUGACAUCAAGGAGAAGCUGUGCUACGUGGCUCUGGACUUUGAGAAUGAAAUGGCCACUGCAGCUUCCUCCUCCUCCUUGGAGAAGAGCUACGAGUUGCCUGAUGGCCAGGUUAUCACCAUCGGUAACGAGCGUUUUCGUUGCCCCGAGACUCUCUUCCAGCCUUCCUUCAUUGGUAUGGAGUCUGCUGGAAUCCAUGAGACUGCCUACAACAGCAUCAUGAAAUGUGACAUUGACAUCAGAAAGGACCUGUAUGCCAACAAUGUUCUGUCUGGUGGUACCACCAUGUACCCUGGCAUUGCUGAUCGUAUGCAGAAGGAGAUCACUGCCCUGGCCCCCAGCACGAUGAAGAUCAAGAUCAUUGCCCCACCCGAGCGUAAGUACUCCGUAUGGAUUGGCGGCUCCAUCUUGGCUUCCCUGUCCACCUUCCAGCAGAUGUGGAUCACCAAGCAGGAAUAUGAUGAGGCAGGACCCAGCAUUGUGCACCGCAAAUGCUUCUAAAUUCACCACAAUCACCAUCUCCCGUGUCUACCCACUACAAACCAUGCAGUAAUGGAGCACUCUGUCGACAAAGGACAGAUUUACUAUGUGAUGCAUAUGCUUCAAUGAAGAACAAGCAACACCAGGAACAAGAUAAACAUGAAAUGUCAUACUCCAUAAUGUAAAAUGUACAUACAUUUUAAUUUAUUAAAGUCCAUUAUUUGGUAUAUUUUUGA